CGUGUUGUCUGUGGUUUAUUUUAGCAUUUGUGUGAACAUACAAUAACAUUGUGUAUUUGAGUGAAUGCCGCGUCUCUUGAUCCUGUCUGAGGAAAAGCUGAAUUAUUGUGUUUGUACAAGAUCUUCCAUCCAGAGUCAGUGUUGGAGAUCAGAUUCUGUUUCAACGGUUCAGAUUCAUCAUGGAUGACACACAAACAUCCAGAGAUGAAGACGUUUCUCCAGGAUUCAGUUCAGUUCAUCAGAAGAGAUCAGAACCAGAGUCCAGCUGUGUGUCUAUGAGGAGUGACGAGUCUAUGGGUCAAAUUAUAGAUUUUAAGAGUGGAGAUACACAGACUGAUCUCAGUUCAGUUCAUCAGAAGAGAUCAGAAUCAGAGUCCAGCUGUGUGUCUAUGAGGAGUGACGCGUCUAUGGAUCAUAAAAUACAUUUUCCGAGUGGAGAUACACAGACUGAUCUGAGCCAUGAAGUCCUCAACAGGUUUAGAUCAAAUCUGAUGAAGAAGUUUGAGUGUCUGUAUGAGGGAACAGCACAGCAGGGAAACCCAACACUCCUGAAUGAGAUCUACACAGAGCUCUACAUCACAGAGAGUGAGAGUGGAGAGAUCAGUAAUGAGCAUGAGGUGAGACAGAUUGAGACACAAUCCAGGAGAGCAGCAACAGAGGACACACCGAUCCAAUGCAAUGACAUCUUUAGACCUUUACCUGGACAAGACAAACCCAUCAGAACCGUGCUGACAAAGGGAGUCGCUGGCAUUGGAAAAACAGUCUCUGUGCAGAAGUUCAUCCUGGACUGGGCUGAAGGGAAAGAGAAUCAGGACGUCCAGCUCAUAUUUCCACUUCCUUUCAGAGAGCUCAAUUUGAUGAAGGACAAAACACUCAGACUUUCAGAUCUUCUUCAUGUCUUUUUCCAUGAAACAAAAGAAAUGGAAAUAUCCAGUAACAAAUAUAAAGUGUUGUUCAUCUUUGAUGGUCUGGACGAGUGUCGUCUGUCUAUGGAUUUUCAGAGCGAUGUGAGGUUGUGUGAUGUAAGUGAAUCAGCCUCAGUGGACGUGCUGCUGAUGAACCUCAUUGUGGGGAAUCUGCUUCCCUCUGCUCUCAUCUGGAUCACCUCCAGACCAGCAGCAGCUGAUCUCGUCCCCUCUGAGUGUGUCCAUCGAGUGACAGAGGUACGAGGCUUCAAUGAGCCACAGAAGGAGGAAUACUUCAGGAAGAGAAUCAGUGAUCAGAGUCUGGCCAAUACAAUCAUCACACACCUGAAGUCAUCAAGGAGCCUCGACAUCAUGUGCCACAUCCCAGUGUUCUGCUGGAUCUCAGCCGCUGUUCUAGAGAAGAUGUUGAGCGAAGCAGAGAGUGGAGAGAUUCCCAAGACUCUCACUCAAAUGUACACACACUUCCUGAUCCUUCAGACCAACAUCAAACAUGAGAAGGACUAUGAGAAGAACGUGACAGAUGAAGACAUGAUCCUCAAACUGGGGAAAGUGGCUUUUCAGCAGCUUGUGAAAGGCAAUGUGAUCUUCUAUGAGGAAGACCUGAGAGAGUGUGGCAUUGAUGUGACAGAAGCAUCAGUGUACUCAGGAUUGUGCACUCAGAUCUUCAGAGAGGAGUUUGGCUGGUAUCAGGGGAAAGUCUUCUGCUUUGUUCAUCUGAGCGUUCAGGAACAUCUAGCGGCUCUAUAUGUGCAUCUCUCCUGUACAAACAACACCAGAAAUGUGUUUGAGCCAAUCACUAAACCAAGUUAUCUGUCUAAAGUUAAGGAGAGGUUUAAACAUGUUUCAUUAUCUGAGCUGCAUCAGAGAGCUGUGAAUGAGGCUCUACAGAGUAAAAAUGGACAUCUGGACCUUUUCCUGCGGUUUCUUCUGGGUCUGUCAGUGAAGUCUCAUCAGAUUCUCCUACAAGGACUAAUGAAACAGAGAAGAAGCAGAUCUGACAGCAAUAAGAAAACAGUUGAGUACAUCAAGAUGAAGGUCAGCACCAUCGACUCUCCAGAGAAAUCCAUCAAUCUGUUCCACUGUCUGAAUGAACUGGGUGAUCAUUCACUUGUGGAGGAGAUACAACAGUAUCUGAAAUCUGGAAGAAUAAAGGAAGCCAAACUCUCUUCAUCUCAGUGGUCAGCUGUAGUUUUUGUGUUGUUGACAUCAGAGAAGAAGCUGGACAAGUUUGAUCUGACAAAGUUUAUUCUAGGAAACAAUAAAGCUGAAGAUAUGAAAGUUCUUCUGAAGCUGCUGCCUGUGAUUAAAGAAUCCAGAUCAGUUCAGUUGAGAAAUUGUGGAGUCACAGAUGAAGGUUGUGCUGCUCUGACUUCAGCUCUGAGAUCAAACCCCUCACACCUGAGAGAACUGAAUCUAUCUGAGAAUAAAAUAGGAAAAUCAGUGAAUCUGCUGUCUGAUGUACUACAGGAUCAUCACUGUAAACUGGAGAAACUGUGGUUGAGUUAUUGUGGAGUCACAGAUGAAGGUUGUGCUGCUCUGACUUCAGCUCUGAGAUCAAACCCCUCACACCUGAGAGAACUGAAUCUGUCUGAGAAUAAAAUAGGAAAAUCAGUUAAUCUGUUGUCUGAUGUACUAAAGGAUCCUCACUGUAAACUGGAGAAACUGUGGAUGAGAAAUUGUGACCUCACAGAUGAAGGUUGUGCUGCUCUGACUUCAGCUCUGAGAUCAAACCCCUCACACCUGAGAGAACUGGAUCUGACUGAGAAUAAUCUAGGAUAUUCAGGACGUAAACUGCUCACUGAUCUAAAAAAUUCUCCACAUUAUAAACUAGAGACACUGCGGUUAUGAGGAAAAUCCCAUUCCCAUUCAAAUAUCCGCUCUGAGUCCGGCUCCACACACUCUCCUCACGGACACUCUCUUCUUUCUCCACUGUAACUUGAGAAAUUCACCACAGUGUUUAUAAACUCCUCUGAUCUGAAUCACGCAGCAGAAACCACAGGGUCCUGAAGCAGAGAGCUCAGAGAGCUGACAGAGAGACACCGAUUGUGUUUCUUGUUAUACUGAAUACAGACUGAUAGAUUUUUUUUAUUUUUUUAUUAUUAGAACAAGACAAUGAGACAUGCAGUGACAAUAUAAUACAAAAAGAUAGACAAUAACAGUGCAGUACAAAUAACUUGGAGAUUAACAUAUGUACACAACAAAGACACCAUUUACAAGUAGUUAUAUGAAGUGCAUGAGUUAUGUAUAUGUAUGUAUAAUAUACCUCUCUAUUAAAGUGAAAUGGGAAAGAAAGAGAGAGAGAAAAAAAGAUUGAUAGAUUAUUAAUUAUAGCUUUUUUAAGACAGGGUUUCAUAAAUGUUAAUGAUGACUGUACAGUAUGUGAGUUAUACACUAACUCUGUUAACUUGUAUAUAUGUAUGUAUAAAAUACUGUAUAACUUUAUAAAUAACAUACAUUUCUGACUGCACUGUAUUAAAGUCUCACUCACAUAAAAUGACACUAUUGUCACUUUAAAACUACUUUACAGCACAAUUUGAAUUUGUCUCAUAAUUGAUCACUAAUGUGAUGUUGAUGAAGCUCUAGUCUGAAAGACCUUCUACAACUAAGCAGCAUUUUAUUUGAUUUAAAAAUCACAUUUUGUGUCGUCGUAUAGUCUGAUUUGGCAUUAGUAUUAAAAGAAAUCACUGUUAUUCAUAUGUAAGCACAUAACAGUCUUUAGGUCAGUAGAAAUGAUGAUCAGCUCGUAUUGAACACAGAGAUCAACCCCAACACACAUCCAUAAACUGCUCAUAUUAAAGUGUGAAUGAUGGGUUGAUUUAAACGGCUGACGUCAUUAUGCUUCUAAAAACUUAUUGAGACGUCUUUCCACAUGAACUUAUUGUUCUUUCUUGCUGUGUUUACAUGUAUUACAGGACUGUGCUUCAUAAUAAUAGUGCUUGAAGAUGUUUUGUAGACUGAAAUAAAUGGUGUAGAAACAAUUUUCUCUCAGAAAUUGCUAGUAAAUUUCUCAAACACUUAUAAAGAAACGGCAAGUAACAUUGAAUUAAAUGUGAAAUUUUGAACUAUAAAAACUGAAAUAACAUUGUCUUGUAAAAUGUGCUCUAAUAAUCUUUGUUUUAUUUUUUACAGUGUAUUGUAUUUACAGUGU